UGUAAACAAACAUAUAUUUAUAUGGGAAUGUAUAAUGAACUUUCAUAAAAAUAAAAUUAACAAUAUUGUUAUUGAUGUAUGAACUUUGAAGGCCUAUACAAAAUACGGAAUUAUGUGGGUAUUUGGUUAUGGUUCUUUAGUGUGGAAAAUAGAUUUUAAUUACGAGUAUAAAGUUGUAGGUUAUAUAGACGGUUAUUUGAGAAGGUUCUAUCAGCACAGUAUUGAUCAUAGAGGAACACCAGAGAAGCCUGGGCGUGUAGUGACUCUGAUACCUGCCAAUGACCCAAGCAAUAAGGUAUGGGGUGUAGCAUACAAAAUAAGAUCAGAGGAUGUUGAAAAAGUCACAAAUCAUUUGGACUUUAGGGAAAAGAAUGGCUAUUCCAAGAAAACAGUUACAUUUUAUCCAAAAGAUUCAAAUCUACAACCAAUUAUUUUAACGCUUUAUGUAGCUACAAUGGAUAAUGAAUCUUAUGCAGGUGCAGCAUCUAUAGAAGAUAUAGCAAAACAAGUCAUAAGUUGUAGUGGUCCAAGUGGUUCUAACAAAGAGUAUGUAUAUAAUUUGGCUACAGCAAUGAGGCAGUUAUUUCCUGGCAUUGAAGAUGAACACCUUUUCACACUUGAAACGGCAGUCAAAAAACUUGAUCCAGAUAUAAGGAAAAAUAUUUUAUAAUAUUGUAUUUUAUUAGAAAAUACACUGAAUAAGAUUAUUCAAAUAUAA